GGAAUAUAGUAUACAGCCAAUAAGUAAAGAUAGAACAUAGGUUCUUUUAACUGCACGAUUUACGAUGACUGAUACAAAGGAAACAAACGAAACAAAAUCUUCUGAGAAGAAAGAUGUUUCUUCUGUUAAAAAAGGUGAAAAGAAAGGUCGAAUUAGACCAAGGAACUAUGACUUAGGAAAUGGUGUUUAUAGAUUUAGUCGUACUCGUAUGUUUCAUAAAAAAGCCAUUUAUAAAUUUCUUAGCAAAAAAACUCCAAAAAGUGUUAAACCUAAGAAACCAAUUACUAUUGAAAAAAAAAUUAGUGGUGACAAAAAUGGAGAAAAACGUAUUGUAUUAUUAAAGAAAAGGCGUGCAAAUUAUCCUACUGCAGAUCCAGUGACUGUACAUCAUGCUAAAAAAUGUUUUCGCGAUCACCGUCGUUAUUUGAGACCAUCUUUGAAACCAGGAACGAUUUGUAUUUUACUUGCUGGUGCUCAUAAAGGAAAACGUGUUGUUUUCUUAAAACAGCUUAAGAGUGGUUUGCUAUUAAUCACAGGUCCUUUCUUGAUCAAUGCUUGUCCACUUCGUAGAGUUAGUCAAAACUAUGUAAUAGCUACUUCUACACGUAUUAAUAUUUCUGGUUUGAAAAUUCCUUCUCAUGUUAAUGAUGAUUAUUUUAAGAGAAAACGUGAGAAACGUGCAAAAAAGGAAGAAGGUGAUAUUUUUAGCAAAAAGAAAGAUGAAUAUAAACCAAGUGAUCAGAGAAAAGCUGAUCAAAAAGUGGUUGACAAAUUUGUGAUUUCUGCUAUCAAAAGAAAUAAGGAGAAAAAAAUGUUAUUUACCUAUUUAUCAGCAAUGUUUGGCUUAAGAAGUAGUCAAUAUCCACACAGAUUAAAAUUCUAAUUUUUUGUGAUUUGAAUACAAAUACAGAAUAAAUAUAAAAAUUAAUAUAAA